UUUUUUUUUUGCGUUAUUUCUUUUCAUUAUCAUUUUAUAAAAUGUCUUUUUCUACAAACCAACUUGUGUCGGUGUAUAACCACCAUGUACUUCCAAAGUUUACCUUUAAAAACAAAGCGAUAGCAAUCACAGCAGCUAUUACCAUGUCUAUGACCUAUUUCAUCCUAAAGACAUUAAGACCUCCCAAACAUCUUCGACAUAUUCCUCAUAUUAGCCCCCUUAGUCUCAUUCGGUCUCUUUUUAUUGGAGAGCCCUAUUGGAAUCGUGCUUAUCGGGUCUAUCUUCCAAUCAUUGAUGAUCCUCAAAACCACAACGGACUCUACUUGGAAUAUGGCAGAACUGGUUGGGAAAUCUUUAUUUGCAAUCCUCAGGUUGUCAAAGAAAUGCUAUUGAAACAAGAAACUUUUCCUAAAUUAAAAGGGACAGACAUCUUCACGGAUACACUUUUUGAUAAAUUUAUGGGAGGCCCCAAUAUAGGCCUACUGGACGGUGAAGCCUGGAAAGCCCAACGAAAAAUGGCUAAUCCAGCCUUUCAUCGUGCGAUGCCUGUUCAAUUAUUUGGUGAGUUGGCUGUAGACAUGUUUCAGGUGAUGGAGACCAUGGGUGAUACCAUUAAUGUUUCAAAGAUGAUGGAAGGCUGGACCUUGCAAGUCAUUGGCAAAGCUGGAUUCGGCUUCGAUUUCAACGCAAUCAAGGAUCCAAAUAGUCCUUGGGUGCGUACCUACAAUAUUUGCAACGAGGGAUUUAGAAAUACCUUCUUCUUUGUCUUCCCCGUCUUUGAUAAAAAGUACCUCUGGAUGUUCCCCAAACGUGUCUACAUUCAUCAAGAAAUGGAUCGCUUUCGGCAUAUGCUGCAAGAUGUCAUUGAUCAUAAACGUCUUUCCUUGAAAGAUAAAAACUACCAAAAUGACGCCUUGGAAGAAAAUGAACGAGAUCUGCUUACUUUAUUGAUCGAAAGUGAAAUUAGAGGUGAAGGUGUUAUGACAGACGAAGAGUUAAUGAGCAACCUACGGUUCUUCUUUGUAGCAGGCCACGAUACAACAUCGAGUACACUCUCCUUCGCUAUUCAUUAUUUAGCAAAACAUCCUGAAAUCCAACAAAAGGCAAGGGAAGAAACCAUCAGAAUCCUAGGAGACGAGCCAGUGGACAUUUUGCCUGUAAUUGGAGAAACAAAACAAAUGACCUAUAUCAACCAAAUCAUGUUGGAGACGCUGCGUAUCAAUGGGCCUCUUCCUAGUCUAGUCCCUCGAUGUGCUAGCAGAGACGUAGAGCUAUUCGGCACAUUUAUUCCUAAAGGCACACCCAUCAAUGCCAACAUAUUUAAUAUUCAUCACAGCGAGAAGCUUUGGAAAGACAGUCAUGUAUUCAACCCAGAUAGAUUUGAAAAUGAAGAAAGUAAAACCUUGUUGAUGGCAUUUGGCUACGGCGGAAGACAAUGUAUUGGCAUGACCUUUAGUUUGAUAGAGCAGCGUGUGAUGCUGUCUAUGCUUUUGCGGAAAUUUACUUGGUCAACACCCGAGAAUUCAAUUCAUAAAGAUGGUGUCCUCACAAAUGGUUAUUUAAUGCUGAGCCCUCAGGACUUGGAUAUCACUUUUAAAAAGCGUUAUUAAAAAAUAUUUAUUUUCUUUUUCUGCGUUCCUAAUAAACAUUUUCUAAACGGGUUGUAUGCAU